UAUCUCUGACUCACUGCACUGGAGUUUGGCAAAAGCAUCUCAGAAGUGGGUGUGCUUUUUUGAAUGAAAUGAUCAAUGGAGCGCUCCGAUUGUAUGCCGGCCCCUGGAUACUAACUAGACCUGCCUGGCUCCAGGAACUAAGGCUCCGUAUCUGCAGAAGCUUUUUGCCCAUCUCAUUCCGGCUAUGGGGACAACAUGUCUUCACCCGGGAACGUUAGACAAAAACAUGGAAGAGAUAAUGAUGAACGUGAGGGUGACUCAGAUGACCUGAAUCUCCAGAAGUCUUUGCCUUCAUCAAGUCAGCAAAAGACACCUACAAAACCGGUUUUUGGGAAUAAAGUGAAUUCAGAGAGUGUAAAACCCUCCCACCAUAUGUCAUUCUCGAAUAAGUAUGAGCUUGUUUUUCCAGAGCCUGUAGAAAGUGACAAUGAUGAGACAUUGUGGGAUGUCAGAGACCUGUCCCACAGAAACAGGUGGAGCAGUGUGGAUCAGGAGUCCGCAGGGCCAUCAAAGACUGUCUCCACAGUGCUUUCUGAAAGUAGCACUGACACGGCCGUCUCAGAAAGGGAGCUGACUCAGUUAGCUCAGAUCCGACCGCUAAUAUUCAACAGUUCCUCAAGAGCUGCCCUGAGGGACUGUUUGAAAGCGCUCCAGAAAAAAGAAGAGCUUGAUAUCAUCCGUGAGUUUUUGGAAUUAGAAGAAAUGAUUCCGCCUGAUGACUUCAAGUCUGGGUAUGAGCUACAGAACAGAGACAAGAACAGAUACCGAGAUAUUCUUCCAUAUGAUUCAACACGUGUUCCUCUUGGAAAAAACAAGGACUACAUCAACGCUAGUUACAUUAGAAUAGUAAAUCAUGAAGAAGAGUAUUUUUAUAUCGCCACUCAAGGACCACUGCCGGACACUAUAGAAGACUUUUGGCAGAUGGUUUUGGAAAAUAAUUGUAAUGUUAUUGCUAUGAUAACCAGAGAGAUAGAAGGUGGAGUUAUCAAGUGUUGCAGUUACUGGCCCGUUUCUCUGAAGGAGCCUUUGGAAUUCAAACACUUUCAUGUCCUUCUGGAGAACUUUCAGAUAACUCAGUAUUUCGUCAUCCGAAUAUUUCAAAUUGUGAAGAAGUCCACAGGAAAGAGUCACUCUGUAAAACACUUGCAGUUCAUCAAAUGGCCAGACCAUGGCACUCCUGCCUCAGCAGAUUUUUUCAUCAAAUAUGUCCGUUAUGUGAGGAAGAGCCACAUUACAGGACCCCUCCUUGUCCACUGCAGUGCUGGUGUAGGCCGAACAGGGGUGUUCAUAUGUGUGGAUGUUGUGUUCUGUACCAUCGAGAAGAACUACUCAUUCAACAUUAUGAACAUAGUGACCCAGAUGAGAAAGCAGCGCUUCGGCAUGAUUCAAACCAAGGAGCAGUAUCAGUUCUGUUACGAGAUUGUGCUUGAAGUUCUUCAGAAUCUUCUGUCUUUGAAUUAAGGAAGACUUCCAUGCCUGUCACUUGACACUGCCAAGCAGCCUGGAGCUGGGCUGUGUCGAAUUGUCUGCUGGCCGAGCAAUUUGCUUUCUGGUUUCCUCUGAAAAUCCUGAGGGCAGCACCUCUGGGCUCCAAGUGAACCCUUUUCAGUUGAUCUUUCUGGAAUAGCAAAAUACCCUCCAUGCCUUCCACUGAAACUAAACUUACGUGAAACAACCUCAGCUUGGCUGUUUGGUUUGUGGUAUUACAGAGUUUAAUAAAAGACUUAAAUGUGUUCAUUAAGAUUUUAUUUGGAAAGGUGGCCAAAAGCCUCAGACAAUUUCCAACUCUUUACAAGCCUGACUCUGGGAGAACAUGGGGGCAAUAAACUGUAGGCUCACAGACUGACCUCUUGUGGGCAGUUAGCAGACAUUUUUAUCUGUGUCUAUACUCCCAGCUGGUGACUAACUCACUCAAAGGGACUCUAAUUAGGAUGGACUGACUUUUGAUAUAAAAUGGGCUUUGUGUCUUAUACUUUCACAGUCCCAGAGUGCCCUGGGGAUUUCGAAGGAAGGAAGGAAGAGCUGCAUUCCUGGAGCGGCAGUCAGGUCCUUGUCUGCUGCCCUGGGAAGCCCCUUGUAGGUGAAUGGUGUCCCUCCUUACCUGAACACACUGGUGAACAUCCCAAACUAAAAUCCACAUCCAUCCGUAAAGUCAGUGGAAAUGAUUGUCAGACCCAACUACACUUCUUUCCUAUCCUAUCCCGAGUCAAUGUACUCUCCCAUCUGCUUUAUCAGAAGCAAGUAUCAUAUGACACUUCCCUCCUAAUCUUUAACUAGCCCAUACAUUUAAUUUAACACAAUGAUAUUGCUCUGUAAGUUUGAGUCAUUCUUGGUACCUGUUGUGUCAAGUUUUUUUCUUUUUAACUAAGAUCUAAAAAAAAAAGCUUUUUUCCCCUUCUGGAGGACCAUUAAGUCAUUUCUUUCCUCUAUAAGAAUAUUUAGAUGCUGGACAUUGAACUAGAUUUUGAAGUACCAAAUUCAUAGUUGUGAAAGUGAAAACUUCCAUAUGCUUGUUAAGAAAAUUCUGGACAUUGUUGCAUUUAUCAUAUCAGGAUUCUGCCUCAGACAAUUGUAGUGAUUCUUUGGUUGAAGGUUUUCAAUGAUCAGACAAUCCUAAUUAUAAGCCACAAAGAAAUUGAUAAGUGUAUUUGUACAGUGAAUUCAGUAGCGAUCAGAGCUGUGAAUCAUAUUGAAAAUUCCUAAAAUUAUAAAUGCUAAACUUUUAAGAGGCUUAUAUUUUUGGUUAAAUGAAUACUUGAAUUGCUUAAAUUCAAAUUGAUAAUUCUCACUUUAAAAAUGAUUAUAUGCCAUAUAUUUGACAUUAACUCAAGUUGAUGGUUAUAGCUAUUUAUACUGUUUAUAUUCAUAAUAGUCUAUGCUGAACAAUAAUAUUCUGAUUAUUGAUCACUAACAUUUGUAUCUAUAACUGUAUUUUCAUUCUGUUACUAUAAAACAAUAAGUAUAAUAUAGAACAAUGGCCUGUGUGUUGUUAUUAAAUAAAAAUAUUUCCUUUGCA